UUGAGGAAAGAUACAGUAAUUGUAAACGUUUAGUGUUUCCUGCCCUUUCAAGAAAAAUUGGGGAGAGAAAAUAUAUUGUACAAAAUCUAUCUUCUCUUUUUAAAUUUUAUGAAAUUACGUUUGGAAAUAUAACCAUCAACUGGAUUGAAUCUCAUUUCCUAUCAGCAAAAUUAACAAAAUCAUCUACUAGUUCUGGAAUUGUCAAGUUGGAUGUGAAGGAAAUUUGGCAUAUGGAAGUUGCUGAUCAUACAGUUGGUGAUACAAAGAAGUCAUUACAUAGUGAUAUCUUAAACCUCAUUUCGCCCUUGCUUAACCACUUGGAUGUCCUUGUUAAGACUGCAACAAACAUAAAAGCUUUCAGUUUGCAAGUCAUUGGUUAUCGAAUUAAACUGUAUUCUCUUAACAUUAUGGAUGAUGGUUCCUUUUUAGCAUCUGAAUUAGCCUCUGCCAUAAUUCCUUUUUCAUUUGAAGGUAGAUCAAAACACAAAGCAGUUCUUUAUCUCAUGAUCAUUUUUCAU